GGGAAACCGGAAGCCUCACGCGCUGAGAAGCGGCUCGUGCUGCUGGUGCGCUGUUAUGGGCAGGAGAAGAGCGCCGGGUGGUGGGUCACUGGGCCGGGUACUUAUCCGGCAUCAGACUCAGCGAAGCCGCAGCCACCGUCAUGCUGACUCCUGGCUGCAUACGAGUGAGCUCAAUGACGGCUAUGACUGGGGUCGUCUGAAUCUCCAGUCAGUGACGGAACAGAGCUCCCUUGAUGACUUUCUUGCAACUGCAGAACUUGCGGGGACCGAGUUUGUGGCUGAGAAGCUUAACAUUAAGUUUGUGCUCCCCGAGGCUAGAACUGGACUACUGUCGUUUGAGGAGAGCCAGAGAAUUAAGAAACUCCACGAAGAAAACAGACAGUUCUUGUGUAUACCGAGGAGGCCAAAUUGGGACAAAAAAACUAGCCCAGAAGAACUGAAACAAGCGGAAAAAGAUAACUUCCUGAAGUGGAGGCGCCAGCUUGUCCGGCUAGAAGAGGAGCAAAAGUUGAUACUGACUCCCUUUGAGCGGAAUUUGGACUUCUGGCGCCAGCUCUGGAGGGUCAUUGAGAGAAGCGAUAUUGUGGUCCAGAUAGUAGAUGCUCGAAACCCACUCCUGUUUAGAUGUGAGGACUUGGAAUGCUAUGUUAAAGAGAUAGAUGCCGCCAAGGAGAACGUGAUUCUGAUAAACAAGGCAGACCUGCUGACUGCGGAGCAGCGGUUCGCCUGGGCCUCGCACUUUGAAAAAGAAGGUGUAAAGGUUAUCUUCUGGUCAGCUUUGGCAGAGACUGUUCACCCAAAUGGUGACUCUAAGGACGAAGUAGACAGUGUUGCUGAAGAAACCAAUACAACUGAGUCUGAAAACUCUAGUUUGGGUGAGAAUGAAAUCCCACACAGAGACUUGUCGCUUAGUGAGGAGUCCGCAAGUGACGACGGUGACAGUGAAUAUGAGGACUGUCAGGAGGAUGAGGAGGAAGACUGGCAGACGUGUUCAGAAGAAGACAGCGUCCCUGAGGAGGAGGAGCAGGAGGAGGAGGACUGUGAUCAGGACUGGAAGGAGCACAGUCCUGAGGAUUCUGAGGCUCAGAACAGAGAGAAAGCAGAAAACCAACAAGUGAACAACGAUAGCUACCUGGUGUCGAAGCAGGAGUUACUGGAGCUCUUUAAGAAACUCCACACUGGGAAGAAGGUGAAAGAUGGACAGCUAACCGUCGGCCUGGUGGGCUACCCUAAUGUUGGUAAGAGCUCCACCAUCAACACCAUCAUGGGCAACAAGAAAGUAUCGGUGUCUGCCACGCCGGGCCACACCAAGCAUUUCCAGACCCUGUACGUGGAGCCAGGCCUCUGCCUGUGUGACUGCCCAGGCCUAGUGAUGCCAUCUUUUAUGUCUACCAAAGCAGAGAUGAUUUGCAGUGGGAUCCUCCCAAUCGACCAGAUGAGAGAUCACGUUCCACCGGUGUCCCUGGUUUGCCAGAAUAUCCCACGGCGAGUUCUGGAAGCUACCUAUGGUAUUAACAUUAUAAAGCCUAGAGAAGAUGAAGACCCCUGCCGACCUCCGACCUCAGAAGAACUGCUGACGGCUUAUGGGUGCAUGCGAGGAUUCAUGACAGCGCAUGGGCAGCCAGACCAGCCUCGAUCCGCACGCUACAUCCUAAAGGACUAUGUCAGAGGUAAACUACUGUAUUGCCACCCUCCUCCUGGAAAAGACCCCGUGGCGUUCCAGCACCAACACCAGCAACUCCUAGAGAGCCAAGUAAACGGUGAAGAAUCGAGGCGUCAGCCGGGCAAAACCCAAAAAGCCAAACAGAUUGAAAAUGUAGUGGACAAAACUUUUUUCCAUCAGGAGAACGUCAGAGCAUUGACCAAAGGGGUCCAGGCUGUCAUGGGCUACAAGCCCGGGAGUGGCCUGCUGACUGCAGCUGCCGCGAGCGCUGAGAAGGGACCUGGGAAGCCCUGGAAAAAACAUGGAAACAGAAACAAAAAGGAGAAAAGCCGUCGGCUCUACAAGCACCUGGACAUGUGAACGUGGCUGAGCAGCGAUGGCGGCUGCACGCACCGUGCGGGAGGACAAGAGCUGAAGGCGCCGCUGCCUGUGUGCCUUCCCCACAGCCCAGACCCCUCUCGUGGGGCAGAGUCGCACUCUGAAGGCUUGACAUCACGGCAGCCUUUCGGAAGCACCUGCUGUGGCUACAGUAGCCGUGUGGUGCCCAGAAGUCCCCUCCAGCAGCAGGACGAUGGCUAUAUGUACAAACAUACGAUGCACAUUAACUUGGAGGCUUUGGAAAGUUACUAAAAUUAAUUUGCCUCUAAUUGAUAUUUUUAUUGGCCUAAAUAGAUAAACUACCAUUCAUACAUUUAAUGUUGACCCUCUAGGGAGGGUCUGGAGAUGGUCAGCUGUUAGGAGCACUGGUUGCCCCUCCGGAGGACCCAGGUGUGGCUCCUAGCACCUACAUCGCAGUUUUCGACUAUUGAUAACUGCAGUGUUAGGGGGUCCAACGGCUGCUGGCUUUGAUGGAUACACAGACGUUCAUGCAGGCAAAACACCCAUACACAUAAAGUUCUAAAAAUGAAAUAUGACUAGGACUUGAAUUAAUUUCCAAACACAUAUCCACCAUAUCCCUGAAGUGGCAUAGGCCUAGCACGGUGGUUUGGUAAGAGCUCCUGGGCUCCUGCUGAGACCAUUCAUUGAAUAAAGGUACUGUCACACGAAUCUGCUAA